ACCAAGUUCCCGACCAAGACGCCCUCGUGCGCACGCGCGGGCACGCUCCUGGGCGGGGCCUCGACCUCUGGUCCCGCCCAAACGUCCGGCGUUUCCUCUCUCGCGGCGAGGCGGGGCCGCGUCGCACGGGAAAAACGCGGGCUAGAGGCUCCCCGCGGGCCCCAGCGGCGAGAAUGGCAAGCUUUGGGGGCCUGGUCCUGCGACCCUGGAUCCGAGAGCUGGUCCUAGGAUCAGAGGCACUCUCAAGCCCGCGGGCGGGGCAGCUGCUCAAGGUACUGCAGGAGGCCAAGGCCCAGAGCCCGUCCGGUGCCCCUGACCCACCCGAAGCGGAGGCCGCGCUGCUUGUAUCCGACGGGACCCACAGUAUCCGAUGCUUAGUGACGGGGGAGGCCCUGAACGCCUCAGACUGGGAGGAGAAGGAGUUCGGCUUCAGAGGGACAGAAGGCCGAAUACUGCUGCUGCGGGACUGCAAGGUCCGCGUCCAGGUCUCCGAGGGAGACACGCCCGCGGAGUUCUUCCUCCAGGUGGACCGUUUCGCUCUGCUGCCCACAGAACAACCCCGGGAGCAGGUGACAGCUUGCAACGAGGACCCAGAUGUGCGGAAAAAGCUCGAUGACUGCUUGGAGGAGCACCUUUCAGAGUCCACCUCAUCCAAUGCAGGUCUUCCACUGUCCCAGCUUCUGAAUGAGGUAGAGGUGGACCAGGAGCAUCAGAAGGCGCUAGUGUGCCUGGCUGAGAGCUGUCUGAUGCUGGCAGGUCCUGACACGGCAGCCCCCAUCACCCCCUGGGCUGCCUCUCGCUGCAGAGCCACGGGAGAAGCUGUGUACACUGUCUCCAGCCUACGGCUGCACAUCCCUGAGAAUGACCAGCAAAUCCUGAGCUCUCUGGGCCCAAGUCAGAGGGCACAGGGCCCUGAGCGAUCCCCAUCACACCUGGCUCUGCAGGACCUGUCGCUGAGUCUGAUCUCCUCCUCUCCUUCCUCACCCAGUUCCUCAGGAACCCCUGCCUUACCCAGCCACCUGCUGUCAAAGGAGAACAGUGCCAGCGUCAGCCUUCUGCCUCCUCUGCCCUUGGCUGCUCCAGACCCAGUACAGAAGGGCAGCUCCCAGCCCCUGUCAACCAUCUGCUCAACCCAUGGCUCCCUGCCCACUGUGUCCCCACACCCCAGCAGUGUACCCAACGCCCCACUCCUGAGCUGCACCCCAAGCCUGUCACGCCUUGGCCAUGCCCCCAGUAUACACCAGGCCCAUGUAAGCAGUGCCCAGAAACCUAGCCUGGAGUUCAAAGAGCUUGGGUUACCCCCCAAGACCUGGCAGCAUUCUCCAAGGACAAGAACCACCAAGGGAGCCCUGGAGUCCAGCUGUGUCUGGACAUCAUGUCCCCUUCAGGACCCCCCAGAGAGGCAUCGUGAUGGUUCUGCCUUCCAGUAUGCGUACAAGCCACCUUGCCCCUCCCUGUGUGCCCAGGUCCAGGCUGCCAGGCUCCCUCCCCAGCUCGUGGCCUGGGCCUUGCACUUUUUGAUGGAGCCACAACCGGACUCUGAACUGACCCAGACGUGAGGACUCGUGGGAGGAUGUGUGCACAGGUCCAGGCCUGGGGGUGGAUAAACAGAGCUCCACACUAGCUUCCUUUGAGUUUUUUAAUAAAAUAA